GUGCUCGGGGAGCUGCGGCGGGCGCCCCACCCUGUUGGCGAGUCGCUUGUGCUGUGCUCCGGCAGCGGCGGCCCGGCCCCGCCGCCCCAGGGGCCAAAGACGAGAACGCCGGGCGAGCGUGUCCAGGGGCUCAUCAGCAGCAUGUCCACGGCCGAGGGGCGAGAACAGCUGAGAGCGGCCGAGGAGGACAGCACCGCCCACUCCCGCCAGCGGCCCGCGGAGGUGGAGGAGGCGAGGGAGCUGCGGGCCCCGCCGGUGGAGGUGCUUGGCACCGGGCAGUGGCGCGUGAGGGGAAUCUACGAGCACCAGGCCCUGAAGGCGGGCCUCCGCCUGCUGGACGAGAAGUGGGACGACCAGGGGGCCACGGAGCCCCUCCGCCUCGGGCAGUGCGAGGCGCCGCUGCUGCGCGAGGGGCUCUUCCGACAGCUGCUGACGGGAGCCCUGCACCUGAAGGCGAUUCCCGCAGCCGACGUCGCGGCAGCCCAGGGGGACCUCGAGCAGCUGUCGCUGCGCCAGCUGCUCCGGCUGCGGGUGCUCCACCUCGACUUCUGCCCAAGCGGCCGCGGCGCCGACUCGGUAAACACGGUGGGAGGGGCGCACGAGGCCUUCCUCGGCAAGCUGGACGUCGCCCUCUUCCGGGGGAUCGGGAAGACGUCGCUGGGAGGCCUCGCGUUCGACGCCGUCGACCCGCACAAGGCCGGGCGGGAGGCGGUGCUGCUGACGGCGGCUUCCGCGGGCAUCUCGUGGCCGCAGUGGUGGUGCUGGUGGCUCAGCGACAGGCACCGCGCCUUCUUCCACGUGGAGCAGUGCGUGUUCCGGGCCGAGUUCCCGGGCGCGAUCGGGGGAGUGCUGGAGGUGACCGACCUGUCCCGGAGGGACCGGCACGCGUCCGGCGGCGGGGUACGUUGGCUCGACUGGCGAGUGGAGCACGUUCACGAGGAGUCGAGCCUGUUCGCGACCCUGCCGAAGGCCGGCUUGGGCUUCCCAGAAGCAGAGCUGAAG